AGAGCACUCAGUCUCUGCAUUCCCUUCAUUUCCCACUCUCAACAUGUUGGCAGAAGGAGAAAGAGGAGGAUGCUGCGCUCUACCCUUAGUGCGUUCUUGCCACCUCUCCGGCCAGCGCACAAUUCCUCUGACUCCGACUCAGCUUCAGCUUUUAGUUGUCUCUGCCUGAAGGACUUAAGAGAGGAGGUGGAGGAGCAGGAAUCAAAUGAUCCACUGGAUGUCAGGAGCCUUUACAACAGGGUGCCCAACAGGACCAAAAACAGGAGAGCUGAACAAGGCAACUGCUCCUCAUCCGUGGUGGAAACUAAUAACUCAGCGGCGACCACCUCCUCUGUUUUCUCUCCCUCCUCUCCCCCACCCUCGGCUCCAAGAUCCAUGUGGCAAGAAGCAAUACGGAGGAAAAGGUAUUUCCUGGACCGGACAGGCGAGUCUGGUGAGGGGGAUAGAGGAGGAGGUCAGGAGAAGAGGAACAGGUCCCCGGACUGGCUGUAUGAGUCCUACUACUGUAUGAGCCAGCAGCAUCCACUGAUUGUGUUUCUGCUGCUCAUAGUGAUGGGAGCUUGUCUGGCUCUGCUGACUGUGUUCUUUGCUUCAGGACUGAGCGUUGAGGACCAUAUGGCCUUUGUGAUCACUGUACCCACUGCACUGGCCAUCUUCUUGGCUGUGUUUGUACUUGCCUGCAUCGAGUCCAUCUUCAAGAAGCUUCUACGUAUUUUCUCUCUCGUCAUUUGGGCCUGCUUGGUUGCUAUGGGUUACCUUUUUAUGUUUUCUGGUGGGAUCAUCUGUCCGUGGGAUCAGGUGUCAUUCUUCCUCUUCAUUGUGUUUGUGGUUUACACUAUGCUGCCGUUCUCCAUGCGGGAUGCCAUCAUUGCCAGUGUCCUGACCUCGGCCUCACAUACCAUUGUGUUGAGUGUCUGCCUGUACGUGACAGCUGAUCACAUGGAGCCAGUAGUGUGGCAGAUUUUGGCCAAUAUCAUCAUUUUCAUGUGUGGCAACAUGGCAGGUGCAUACCACAAGCAUCUGAUGGAGCUGGCACUAAAACAGACUUAUCAGGACACCUGCAACUGCAUCAAGUCGCCAAUUAAACUGGAGUUUGAAAAGAGACAACAGGAGCGCCUCCUGUUGUCGCUGUUGCCAGCUCACAUCGCCCGUGUGAUGAAAGCUGAGAUCAUCCAGAGACUGAAGGGCCCAAACUUUGGCCAGAUGGAGAACACAAACAAUUUUCACAACCUCUAUGUCCAGAGACACACUAAUGUCAGUAUACUAUAUGCUGAUAUAGUAGGUUUCACACGUCUGGCCACUGACUGUUCACCUGGAGAGCUUGUGCACAUGCUGAAUGAGCUGUUUGGCAAAUUUGACCAAAUUGCGAAGGAGAAUGAAUGUAUGCGGAUCAAAAUCCUUGGCGACUGUUACUACUGUGUGUCCGGCCUGCCAGAGUCCUUACCAAACCAUGCGAAGAACUGUGUGAAAAUGGGUCUGGACAUGUGUGAGGCCAUCAAAAAAGUGAGAGAUGCUACGGGGGUUGACAUCAACAUGCGUGUUGGCGUACAUUCAGGGAAUGUCCUGUGUGGUGUGAUUGGACUUCAGAAAUGGCAGUACGAUGUGUGGUCACAUGAUGUCACGCUGGCCAAUCAUAUGGAGGCAGGGGGUGUACCAGGGCGAGUUCACAUCACUUCAGUGACACUAGAGCACCUGAAUGGUGCAUAUAAGGUGGAAGAUGGAGAUGGACAGGAAAGGGACCCCUACCUUAAGGAACAUGGAGUCAUCACUUAUUUGGUUAUCAAUCCAAAGGUGGAGCGCUGGAGUCCACAGCAUCAUUACCGUCCCAGACACGCAAUAUAUGGAGCAAAGAUGAGGGCCUCAGUCAGGAUGACUCGCUACCUUGAGUCCUGGGGAGCAGCCAAGCCCUUCGCCAACCUGCACCACAGAGACAGCAUGACUAAUGAGAACGGGAAGAUCAAUACUGCUGAUGUGCCGCUGGGGCAGUAUCACUUCCAGAGGAGAUCAGAAAGGACAAAGUCUCAGAAGAAACGGUUUGAAGAGGAACUUAAUGAGAGGAUGAUAAGGACCUUUGAUGGGAUAAAUUCACAAAAGCAGUGGCUGAAGUCUGAGGACAUUCAAAGAAUAUCAUUGUUCUUUCACAACAAAUCCUUGGAGAAGGAGUACAGAGCAACAACCUUGCCAGCCUUCAAGUACUAUGUCACCUGUGCCUGUUUGAUCUUCUUCUGCAUUUUCAUUGUACAGAUUCUUGUCCUUCCAAAGACAACUAUCUUGAAGAUAUCUUUUGGAAUGGCUUUUCUCAUCAUGUCCUUGAUCCUCUUCAUAUGUUUCAUUGGGCACUUUCUGCAGUGCAGUAAAAGUGCCUCAACUUCUUGGAUGUGGCUGCUGAGGUCAUCAGUCAUCAUUGCCAACAAGCCAUGGCCCCGUAUCACUCUCACUAUGACAACCACAGCUCUAAUACUCAUAAUGGCCGUCUUCAAUAUGUUCUUUUUAGAAGACCAUGCAUUGCCUCCAGUUUCUGUUUACAAUUCAUCCAAUGAAACACUAUUUUACCCAAACGGACAGCUAGUUACUUUAUCUGGCAAAGACAAUUUCUACCUUCCUUAUUUAAUUUACAGCUGCAUCCUGGGCCUUAUCUCUUGCUCAGUAUUUCUGAGGAUAAACUACGAGUUGAAGAUGAUGAUUAUGUUGACAGCUGUAGUUGUUUACAACAUCAUUAUUCUGCAAACACACGCUUCGCUGCUGGAUGAGUACAGCAGAUUCCUGUACAGGACUGAAAUCCUUGACCGACCAGGUGUUCUCAAAGACCUGAAGACUAUGGGCUCUAUCUCCCUCUUUAUCUUCUUCAUCACCCUACUUGUGCUUGCCAGACAGAAUGAAUAUUACUGUAGGUUAGACUUUCUGUGGAAGAAUAAGUUCAAGAAAGAGUGUGAGGAGAUUGAAACCAUGGAGAACCUCAACCGAGUGUUGCUGGAGAAUGUGCUGCCUGCACACGUUGCAGAACACUUCCUGGCACGCAACUGGAAAAAUGAAGACCUGUACCACCAAUCUUAUGACCUGGUGUGCGUCAUGUUCGCCUCCAUCCCAGACUUUAAAGAGUUUUACACAGAAUCUGAUGUCAACAAAGAAGGUUUGGAGUGCCUCAGGCUCCUGAAUGAAAUCAUUGCUGAUUUUGAUGAGCUGCUCUCCAAACCUAAAUUCAGUGGAGUGGAAAAGAUCAAGACAAUCGGGAGCACUUACAUGGCUGCUACCGGGCUGAAUGCAUCAACAGGGCCAGAGUACACAUCACAGGAGCAUGACAGGCAGUAUAUGCACCUAGGGACCAUGGUGGAGUUUGCAUUUGCCUUGGUGGGGAAGCUGGAUGUUAUCAACAAACACUCCUUUAAUGACUUCAAACUUAGAGUCGGUAUUAACCAUGGUCCAGUGAUAGCAGGAGUCAUUGGAGCCCAGAAACCUCAGUAUGAUAUAUGGGGGAACACAGUGAAUGUAGCCAGUAGAAUGGACAGCACUGGGGUCCUGGGGAAAAUACAGGUGACUGAGGAGACGAGUCAAAUCCUUGUGACCCUGGGCUACAUGUGCACUUGUCGAGGCAUCAUCAACGUCAAGGGCAAAGGGGAGCUCAAGACCUACUUUGUGCACACAGAGAUGACCCGCUCACUGUCCCAAGGGAAUGUAAUGCCGUGAUCGAAAAUAGGUGGAAUUUACACAGACACGAAGCACAGACCUUUAUUUCAGAUUGACAAAGGAGGUGUGAUCAUCUCAGCGCUGUUGUAACAGAAAGAAAGUAGGAAGGAAUGAGAUCUACGCAGCGAGCAGAGGAGUCUCAUGUAAUGUCGUUUUGCAAGUUACUUAUGCCACAGCUAUAGUUUACAUUUUGUCACUUAUGUUACUGAAGUGUAGCAUGUACAGCAGGUCGGCAUCAACCCCUUAUAUAUACUUUAUAACCUGAAGGCUGAAUCUGUGGCUUGGCGGUCUUAAGUUUGUGACCUCACUGUGUCAUAGAAGCCUCUUUUUCAGACAGGUGCAUCAUAAACAUAAUCUAUAUACUGUUCAUUUUGCAGGACCCGGUCGAAACAUGUCCACUAUGAAGAAUAGAGGCCAGUGACAGCCACAUUAAGACCUGCUGGCAAGUAUUCAGUAGAGCAGACCUCUUAAGUAAUCAUCAACAGAACAAAGACAUGCUUUGGAUAUAAGGAUAUUUGUCUGCCCCAACUUAUCAAAGUGUUUUUCACAAAUGACAUAAAAUCACACAAUGGAUAAAGGAUAGAAAACUGCAUGAUCACUGCAAAGGUGAAGCCGGUGUUUUUAAAAAACAAGGAGACAUAUGUAUGCAUAACUGCAUCAACCUUGAUAGAAGCAGGUUGAUAGAGGAGCAGCAAGUCUUGGAUGUAUUUUAGGUGGUCUCGGACCAUUAAAAAAACCUUAUGAAUAUAUUAUGAUAUUCAUGUGGGGCAAGGUUUCACAAAAACGGUCUGCACUUAAAUCAUCUCAUCUUCAUGACUGUUUAUACAAAGCUUAUUGUUUCUGACACAGGUCAGAUUUUCGUUUCUGUGCCUGCGGAAAGUAGAGUGUGUAGUGUUUACUGCGGUUCAGACGAGGUUGAAUGAAUCAGAUUUGAGCCAUAUGGAUUAAAAAACCAGGUUAGAGCAAGACAUAUGAAAACCAAGGGGAUAAAGAUGAUUUCAGUGGGAAGAUUUUUAUUUGGGGAACCUGAGCCUGAUCAGUGUACAGGGUAGCUUUAGAGUGUGUGGUGGUUUUGUAAGAAAAGAAAAUAGUACAAAAAAGUGUUUUGAUGUUUUGAUGAUGCCAUUGUUUUUUGUAAAAACUUCAUUAAAUUUCUAUGUAUUUCA